CUAGCCUUCUAUAUAAUGCCCAUUCCCUUCCCAGUUAUACACAACAAAAUUUCUUCUAUUGCUCUGAUUUCUGCGAAUAGGAGAAAAUAAUGGCUGCCUGUGUGAAAUGCCUCCUCCUUGUUGGUAUGCUCGGCCUUCUGACACUCUCUGCUUCGGGUGAAGAUGUGAAGGUGACUUUUCUAUUCGACCAACGUCUGGACUUCACCGGAGAGCUGUUCAUUAGGGGAAACAGUUCUUCACUGGCCAAUUCUGUGGCCGCGACACCAACGCCUGGUGACAUUUGGGUUUCUAGUGUGACAGUGACCAAAGGAGUGACAUACGAGUACUAUUUGAGGGUGCUGCCUCAAGGGUUCUUCUUUGAAUGCGGUUGCACCCUCUUCAACAAAACGGACCCGAACCUGCAAACGGAGUUGAGGGUGCCUGAAGAUUAUCCGUUGUCUAUCUAUCCGGAAAUAGUAAACCGCUACGACUGUAACCUCGCUGUGUGCCCUCUCGCUGACGGGAAGAUUGUUGUGUGACAAUCUCUCUCGGAGUAAGAGGGAGAUGAUGUCCCUCCAUACAUGGGCAUCGUAUAAGUGCUGAUAGAAUAAACGCGAGCUUUCUUAAAGCGACGCUGUAUAAUAUAUCUAUCUAUAUUUAUGGCUGUAUAGCAUGUUAUUUGCUUUCUUA